AUGGCAGCUGUCGUUCUACUCGCGGUGGGCCUCGUGUCCUUCCCCGUGGGCCAGGCCAGGGCUUUAACGGAGGAGAACCUCGUGUUUUUGGAGGCGUGGAGAGUGGUGGACCGCGCAUACGUGGACAAGAGUUUCAACGGGCAGAGCUGGUUCCGGUACCGCGAGCAGGCGCUCAAGAAGGAGCCCAUGAACACCCGCGAGCAGACCUACGCGGCGAUCCGCAAGAUGCUGGCGUCACUGGACGACCCCUUCACGCGCUUCUUUGAGCCGGGCAAGUUCCGCUCGCUCAAGGCGGGCACGCAGGGCCAGCUCACGGGGGUUGGCCUCGAGCUCGGCUUCUCCCCCGAUGGCAAGCACCUCGUGGUGGUGGCGCCCGUGCCUGGGGGCCCAGCGGACCGCGCGGGUGUGGCUCCCAGGGACGUGAUUGUGCGGGUGGAUGGGGAGCCUGUGGAGGGACUUGGCCUCUACGACGCCGCACAGAAGUUGCAGGGACCAGCUGACUCCCGAGUUGAGCUGACCGUGCAAAGAGGAGGCGAGGCAGUCAAGCAACUCCCCCAGCAGAGGGGCAGGCUGCAGCAGAGUCAACAAAGUCAACCGAGUCAACAGCAGCCACAGGAGCUCACAUUCACUCUCACUCGCCAACAGGUCUCCCUCAACCCGGUUAUCUUCCGAACCUGCGACCUCUCCCGGCAAGCCUCGGCGGCUCUCCUGACCUCAGGGAAUGGUUCGGCAGGCAGCUUCGGCAGCACUGGGAGCUCUGUCACCCGUGCUGCGGAGGGUGGAGGUGGCGGCGUGGGUGUGGCACAGGCAGGCAGUGAGGAGAAGGUGCGCGUGGGGUACAUCCGCUUGACCACCUUCAACCAGAACUCUUCAAGUGCUCUCAGGCAGGCCUUGGAGCAGCUGACAGGGGAGGGGGCCACGGCCUUCAUUCUGGACAUCCGCAACAACAGUGGAGGGCUGUUCCCGUCUGCUAUUGAUAUUGCCAAGAUGUGGGUCAACAAGGGCGUGUUGGUAUACAUCACGGACAGCCUGGGCGUGCGGGACGUGUAUGAGACCAACGGGGAGGGCGCCAUCGCCACCUCUCAGCCCCUUGCCGUGCUGGUGAACAAGGGCACAGCGAGCGCCAGUGAGAUCCUGGCAGGCGCGCUCAAGGACAACAACCGCGCCCUCGUGUUUGGCGAGCCCACCUUCGGCAAGGGCAAGAUCCAGUCGGUGUUUGAGCUGUCGGAUGGAUCAGGGCUCGCAGUGACCAUUGCCCGCUAUGAAACCCCGGAUCACACCGACAUUGACAAGGUGGGCAUCUUGCCAGACUACCCUCUCCCAGAUUCCGUCCCAAUGGACCCGGAUCAGUUCUGCCAGUGCCUCUGCCCUGGGAGUCCCUCCAAUGCUUCCAUUGGCAGCAGUUCUUCUAAUGGUGCAAUCAUCAACAAUGGUGCAGCUACCUUUGAAUACCAAGAUGCCUCUGCUCCCCCAUGCUCUUUACCAUCUUCCCUGCUCUUUCCGCGGUCGCCGCUUGCUAAGUGA